CCGCGGGCGGUUGGUCGUCACUGUGACCGGCUUGGCCUUUGGAGCUGCCGUCGCCAUGUUGUCGGUCGCCGUUCGCUCGGGGCCGUUUGCGCCCGUCCUGUCGGCCACGUCCCGCGGCGUGGCGGGCGCGCUGCGGCCCCUGGUGCAGGCCGCGGUGCCCGCCACUUCGGAGUCGCCAGUACUGGAUGUGAAGCGGUCCUUUCUGUGCCGGGAGUCGCUGAGUGGCCAGGCCGCGGCCCGGCCUUUGGUCGCCUCCGUGGGCCUCAAUGUCCCUGCUUCUGUUCGUUAUUCCCAUACGGACAUCAAAGUGCCUGACUUCUCUGACUAUCGUCGUGCUGAAGUGUUAGAUAGUACAAAGUCUUCAAAAGAGAGCAGUGAAGCUAGAAGAGGUUUCUCCUAUUUGAUAACUGCAACAACUACUGUGGGUGUUGCGUAUGCUGCCAAGAAUGUCAUCUCUCAGUUUGUUUCCAGCAUGAGUGCUUCUGCUGAUGUGUUGGCCAUGUCGAAAAUCGAAAUCAAGUUAUCCGAUAUUCCAGAGGGCAAGAACAUGGCUUUCAAAUGGAGAGGCAAACCCCUGUUUGUGCGCCAUAGAACCAAGAAGGAAAUUGACCAGGAAUCUGCAGUUGAAGUGUCCCAGUUGAGGGACCCACAGCAUGAUUUAGAACGAGUAAAGAAACCUGAGUGGGUUAUCUUGAUAGGUGUUUGCACUCAUCUUGGUUGUGUACCCAUUGCAAAUGCAGGAGAUUUUGGUGGUUAUUACUGCCCUUGCCAUGGGUCACACUAUGAUGCAUCUGGCAGGAUCAGGAAGGGGCCUGCACCUCUCAACCUAGAAGUUCCCUCAUAUGAGUUCACCAGUGAUGACAUAGUGAUUGUUGGCUAGAGACCAGGACUCAAGUCAUAGGCUUCUUUCAGUCUUCGUGUCACCUCAGAAGAGUUAUUUGAAAACAAGCCUUCUAUACUUCGAAUUAGUUGGUUUGAAAUAGUUAAGAGUUGCUAAUGAUGUGUUUGUAAACAUGUGAAGUAAAUUGAAUUUAAUGUUGAAUACUUUCAAGCAUUCACCUAAUAAAGCCACUGUUAAACAUGGUUAUGCUCAAAGACUUCAAAGGUGCAGUGUCUUUGGUAGUUAAUUCUAAUUAAAAAUUACCGGUGUACAAGAUAUUUGUGAAAUCUAUAAUUGACUUUCUUGUUUAUUUAUCUUCUUCGUGUCAGAGACAGAGAUUCUACAGAGCUCAUGGUUAGGAUGAGGUAGAAUUAGCUGGUUGUCUCCAAGACCUGGGAGAUGUUUUUUGGCAUUGGCAGAAACAAUAGUAUCCAAGUUUCCUUUAUUUUGCACACCUGGCUAUGUGUGUGGGAUACCCCUCCACUCCCCCCUUUAUGACGGGCCAAGAAAUUGUAUUCAUCAUUUAUGGGAGUAACUUAGUAAUUAGAAUUCUUCAGUUUUAAGAGGCAGUGGCAUGGGAUAUUAUCUGAGAGAAGCUUUCCAAAAGUGGAGUGCUCCUCUGUUAUUUCCUUCAUCUGGUGUGGGUAUUCAUGUCUCCCAAAGCUCCUGCAUCCAUCCUAUCAAGAGGAAGAAAGGGGGUAGUGCAUCUGAGAUUUAAUACUGUCUUUGUGUGAAAAUGAUCUUGCUGGUUUUGUUUCUUUGAUGAUUACAUUUUGAGGUGUUUCUUCCAGUUGGAUUUGCAGUCACCACUUUUCACUGUGAAGUGAGAGUGGGCAUAGGGAGACAUACCAGAAUUAACACCCUCUUCUUUCUGCCUCGUGCCUCCAAUUACACAGGUGAAACAAGACCAAGGUCUGAUAUUCUCCCUGGAAACUGGGAGUGGGCUUUACCCUUUGCUGAGAAUCACAGCUAUCUUGAUAUAUUUGUCUUGUCUUUUCCAUUUGGAGGUGCGUUAGUAAUGUACUUCCCUGGGUCCACCUUGUGAUCACAUGUGCAUUUGUAAAAUAGCAAAUGAGAUUCAGUGAUUAGGUCUUCCAAAGGGAACUGGCCUUCCAGGGUUCUAGUCCUUAAAAUCAGUAGCUAAGUGUAUCAAAAAAGAAAAAUGUGAGAGUUUCCAGGCUUAUGAGCAGAUACUAAUCUUUGGUUCAUUUUCACCAUUCUAGAAAGAAAAUUAGCAGGUAUGAUAAAUGGGGCACUUAAUAUUUUGUUCUAGGUCUCCAUAUAAUGACAUUUAGGUUCAAGUAUUUAGGUAUAAAUAUGAGACAAAAAAAUGCCAAACAUUGGUAACUUACUACCUUUUGACAUGUUCUCUUUUAAAUGGAGGGCUUUCUGAUCUUUUGUGCAUAUGUAGAUUACCAUGGAAAUGUUUGUAUUGUUUAAAAGUAGUGAAAUUGUAUCAUUAUGUCUGAGCAAUAUAUGUUUGUAGUAUUUGGUGUUAAUAUUUGCAUCAUCUCACGUGAAGUUUUUUUUCUCCUGAUUUUAUCAUGAGGCCAAGAGAAGUCGGUAUAUAUUUGUUGGAUAUUUUGCUUGUUUAUCGUUGUGGUGAACAUUCUGUUUUUCUAAUAUUCAUGGGGAAAAUCAUCCUACGCUUUUUUCUCUACUCAUGCUACUUUUUAAUGGUGCCAAUUGCCCACAACUUAUUGUUUAAUACUACACCAAUACAUCUAGUAAAAGCUGCCGAAUUUUGAGGCUGUUUUCUUUUAUAAAAUGGCACCAGGAGCUAUUCAUAACUUCUUCAGGAUAUACUAAUAUAGGAACUUUGCUGGCAUAUAUUUUACAUUCAUAAAAUUAUUACUUAGAGGAACUUAGUGGGAUGAUAAAAGUUUCAACUUUUAAUUUGAAGGUGAAUUAAACCUGGAGUAGAGACCUUGAGGCAUUGCAUCAGUCCUUAGAACCAGCAAAUCUGUGUGACUGUUCUUUUGUCAUCCUUAUGUCAACAAGUAAUUUUGUUUUUUGUAUAUAAUUGAAGCUGCUGAGCUUCCAGUAUAUCCAGGAGUUAGUUGCUAGUUGUUAGUUUCGUGAGUUGGGGGCAUUGUGUAGUGGAAGAAGUACUAGACAAGAAUUUAGGAUUUUCUGGCUUUGCUAUUUCCUAAACAUGGAAACAUGGGCCUGUCACUUCAUCUCCUUAGGACAGUUGUUCUCUUAGAGUCCUUCCAACUAAGAUUUUAUGAGCCCCUUAAUCCUACUCCCGUAAUAAUGGGAAUUGGUUUUCUUAGGUAAGCAUUUGUUGUGUUUGCAGUAUUUGGUUUUAUGAUAAAGAGAUCCAAACUCAGAGGUAGCAUUAUUGUAAUCAACAGAGCCAUCGUUUCAUAACAAUAGUGUUCAACCAGGGGCAGCACUGCUGCUCUGUGGGGCACUUGUGGCCAUCAUUUGAUAGUCACAAUGAUUGGAGGGUGCUUUUGGUAUUGGGGGUGUUUGUGGGGUGGGGGAACAGGAAUGCAAUAUGUUCAGUUGAGGGAGCACAGGUCCACACAGUGAAAAAAAAUUGUGCUGCCAAAAAUGUCAACAGCACCACUUUUCUGUAGAGAAAUAACAUUUCCUCCCACUCUGAAAUGAUACCUCAGUAGUUAAUAGUUUCAUAUUUGAAAUGCCAAACCACUACUGCAUUAGAGGCUACAUGGCAGUGGAGGACAAAUAGGAAGCUUGCUGAUCCCUAGGUGCAUCACAGGUGUUCUGUGCUGGAAUUGCUGUAUUUGGUGGACUGCUUAUGUCUUUCAUGAUAUUUUGACUGAUGAUAAACUGUUAAAUCCAAGUAUCCUAUUUAGUUUUUAAAAGAAGGCUUUGUUCCACAAGUGCCUGGACAAGUAAAAUUACUUGAUACUACUUUGCUAAAUGGGUAGAUAGAGCAGCCCUAUGAUAGCUUUUUGAUUAGUUUGCUGAAACAAAAUCCUAGAUAUUAGGGAGAAAUGACUUAAGAAACAUGAAGGAAACCUGACCAGUUGGCACCCUGACAUGAGAUCAUUAACAUACACUUCUUUAUGCUGGGAAUUGGGACAGUCUUGAGAUCCAUGCCUUAUGCUCCUAAAAGAGUGAUCAUAGGAAAGAGUAUUUUUUUUAAAUGUUUGUUAGAGAUAACACCAAAUUUACCAUGGUCUUUCUGAGCAUACCUUUGGAAAAUCUAUCUUUGACUCAUUCUGAGUCCUUAUUUGAUAUCUAUGGCUUGGGAUCAAAAUGUGCAAUUAGUACUCUAAUUUUUCUAAACAAUGGGAACAUACUGUUUAUCUGGAUGUCAGAAAUCAUUCUUCAUUCUCACAGUGCUGAAACUGUCAUUUUCUGUAUUUUCAUGUCAUUUGAAUAUCAUUGCAUUUUGUAUAUUAACCCAAAAUAAAUGUCCAUGUUUUUCAGAAUGA